AUUUUAUUCUUUCUCUCUCUCUUCCUUUCUCUCUCUGCGAUUAAAACCCUAAUUUUGCUCGCUCUGAACUUCCUCUCUCGAAUUCGAAGCUUUCUCUCUUUCUCUCUGCCUCUCUCUCUCUCUCUCUCUCUCAUGGCGCCGGCGCGUGAAGAGAACGCUUACGAAGGCGGCGGCGGGUUCGGCAAGUUCCGAAAGCGACCGUUACGCAAAACCCCAACGACGCCGUACGAUCGGCCACCGACAGCGCUGCGAAACCCUAACAGGAACAACGGUUGGUUCUCGAAGCUUGUGGAUCCCGCGCAGAGGCUCAUCGCUUCUAGCGCUAACAGAAUCUUCGCCUCCGUUUUCCGCAAACGCCUUCCUGCACCACCACCACCACAAGAAGCUGUACAAGAAGUGAGGGACCUUCAUCAGGAAACAGCUCUCAUUGUUGCAAAUGAAUCCUCUGGCAAGCAACAUGCAGUAGCAGGUGAAACUAGUGUCCAAAUCAACAGUUCUGAUGGACAUGAAUUAACUGAACUUGAGAAACUAUUAAAGCAGAAAACUUUCACCAGAUCAGAGAUAGAGCAUUUGACGGAACUUAUGCGUUCAAGAACUGUGGAUUCACUUGUUGGGGAAGAAGGGAAGAGAACAGAAGUGGUGCCAUCAGAUCCAAUUUUGCCUCGUGAACAAAAGGAAGAAUAUCCCAAAACUCCAGCAUUAGAAAAUCAGAUUGAAAACCAUCUUGUUUCAACCCCAUAUGUUACUAAGGUUUCUUCCAAUGUUUCUGUUGAUGAUGUUGCUUCCCCUGCGGAGCUUGCCAAGGCUUACAUGGGGAGCAGGCCUUCAAAGUUAUCCCCAUCGAUGUUAGGAUUGCGAAGUUCUCCCAGGGAGGAAACAGCCUUACUAAAAAGUCAACACUUUGCUCAGAAAUCCCCUAUUAUGUCAAUUGUGCCAAGGGCUACUAGUACCCUUUCUAGGGUUCAUGAAAAUGGUUUUGUGACUCCAAGAUCUCGUGGCAGAUCCGCAAUAUAUAGUAUGGCUCGAACACCUUAUGCGAGAGCUUAUCCAGGCUCUUUGCCCAAGGUUGCCAGGGCUGCUGUUGAAGGUGAGCCAUCAUCUUCGGCUCAGAAUGCGGUUGAUCAUGAUAUGAUUUCUGGAUCUAAACAAGGGGUAUUGAAACGCAGAAGUUCUGUAUUAGAUAACGAUAUAGGAUCUUUUGGUCCUAUCCGUAGAAUCCGUCACAAGUCUAAUCUUCUAUCUUCUAAAGCUUUGACCUUGCCUCAUUCAGGAAAUCCUCUAUCUAUAGGUAGGAAUGGAGUUGACAUUGAUGCGGGUCAGCAACCAUCAUCUUCCAUGCAGAAGCCUAAUCUGUUGGGUGAAUCUAAGCAUAGGCAUAUGAAAUUGUCUGCAGAAAAUGUAGAUGACACCAUGCCUAGCACCAGUGUUCCUCCUUUACACUCUAAAUCUAGUGAGACAGCCUCAAAAAUACUCCAGCAACUUGAUAAGUUGGUUUCUCCUAAAGAAAAAUCACCAGAAACGAGGCUACCAACUCUGGCCGAUAAAUCUCCAACAAAGUUGUCCUCAUCCAUGUUACAAGGACAGGCUCUUCGAAGUAUGGAGACAGUAGAUUCAUCUAAAUUCCUGGAUAACAUACGGGAUAAUGGUUUGGAUGGCACACUUGGAGGAAAUUUUUCUGCUAGUGCUCAAAAGUUAAAAUCAAAGAUAGAUGAAACUGAAAAUGGUCCAUUGAAGUUUGUUGCUACUAAUGUAUCAGUUCCUAUUGUAACUGAUGCAAAGGCUACAGGCCAAAGGAAGCAAGAUAUAUCUAUUUUAAAAUCUGGAGAUUCCUCUGGAACAAAACCUGUUUCUCAUCCUCCACAAAAAAACAGGGCAUUCCAUAUGAGUGCACCCGAGGAUUAUCUGGAGCUGGAUGAUGAUGCCUAUCCUAAUGGAGCUGUGCCUACUUUCUCUACUUUGGGGAAAGAAACAACAGUCUCUGCUUCUGUGGCUGAUAGAACUACCCCUGCCAUUGGAACUGCCGUCCCAGAGAAGCCCCCAGGUUCAUCGGUGUUAAUGCCAUCCAAAAUUUUUACAAUAGAUGGUAAACCUCAUGUCAGGACAGCUGAUGGGUCUAAAGUUGAAGAGAAGAGUGAUGUGCCGACUUCUAUAACUUCUUCUGCCUCUGAUCCUAUUGUUAAGCCAACUACAGGUGCAAGUACAGCUGCUUUUAACACAAAUUUAGGCUCUAACAAGUCUACUACACCAAAUGGAUCAGUUGCUAAUGCUCCCACAUUUAACUUUGGGAAUAAAGUUGUUCCAUCGACAGAGAUGACAGCUGCUGAUGCUCCAUCAAAGGACUCUACUAAGUCAGGUCCACUAUUUGGUUUGGAGAAGGUUGCAUCAUCAAAAGAGACAGGUGCUGAUGCUCCUUUGGUUAAUUCUGGCUUCCUCAAAAAUGUUGAUAAUGUUCCACAAGUGCCAUUUACUUUCUCUUCAUCUGUUGGUGAAUCUGCUGUGUUCAAAUUUGGCUCUUCUGACUCAAAACCAAAAAGCACAAUCAGCUCAAUUACCGUUGCCGGUGCUGUUGAUUCAAUGCCAAAAGCUCUUGAUUCAGAUAAUUCUGGUGCUAAGACUAAUAUAGUAACUAGUUUCUCUGCUCGGUCACCUGAACCAGUUUCUUCUGCAGCAUCAACGCCAUUGUUAACACCAUCCGCAAAUAUAUUUACUUUUGGCAACAGUUCAAAUGAAAAUAAUGGACCUGCUGCUUCAAGCCCUGCAUUCUCCUCUGCAUUUCCACCUAUGCCAACAAAGAAUUUUACAGGUCAGAAUAUAUUCAGUAGCUCAUCCGAUGCAGCAAGCAACAGUGGCAUUAGUGCCACUGUAACCUCCUCUAGCACCCCUUCUGUAGUUGCAGCCAGCAAUAGCAGUUCCUCCGCCCAAGUGGCAUCUUCAUCUCCCACAACUUCAUUUUUCAAAUUUGGAUCUUCCCCUUUACCAUCAAGUUUACCUGUAUCAUCUUCUGGCUCAGAACCAGUGGAAAACAAGAGUGGCAUUUUUGGAAGCUCUUCUGCUGCAGUUGGAAGCACAGGGAGUGGCAUUUUUGGGUUUAGUUCCUCAACAACGGCAACUGGAAAUAGCCAGUCCCUCGGUUCUGUCUUUGGCACUACAAGUGGGUCGGUUUCUGCUGCUCUGGCAUCUUCUGUUACUAGUGGUUUCUCAACUUCGUCUGAGAGUCAGUCAGUGGCAUUUGGUUCAUCUGCAUCAUCCCCAUUGUUUGGGUUGACUGGGAACACAGCUUUUUCUUCAGGGAGUUCAUUGUUUCCUUCUUCAAAUUCGGCCACUACUAACAUUUUCAAUGCGGGUACAACUUCUGGACAAAGUGCCCCUGCUUCUUCUUUGGAAGCCAACCCUGUUAGCUCCAGUAGUGGCACAAGUUCUUCUGUGUUUGGGCUUUCAAGUUGGCAGCCCAGCAAAUCAUCUCCAUUUGGCUCUUCCUUUAGUUCAUCGUCUUCACCUUCCUCUGGGUUUUCCUUUAGUUCUUCUUUUAGUUCAUCAUCUUCAUCUACCUCUGGGUUUUCUUUUGUAGCAUCCACUCCUUCUGUUACUUCUACAAGUUCUCCCAUGAUGUUUGGAUCAUCUGCUUCAACACCUCAGUUUUCAUUCAGUUCUGCUGCACCUACUAUCAACACACAGCCUGCUUUCGGAAGUUCUACUCCUGUCUUCACUUUUGUUUCAGCUUCUGCUAAUAAUAAUGAUCAGAUGAGCAUGGAGGAUAGCAUGGCUGAAGACACAGUUCAAGCAGCAACACCUGCAACCCCGGUAUUUGGUCAACAACCUGCCCCACUUCAAUCAAAUUUUGCAUUUGGAGCAUCAACUCCAACAGGAGCGAAUCCUUUCCAGUUUGGCAGUCAACAGAAUAUUGCUCCCCAGAAUCCAUCUCCAUUUCAGGCUUCUGGCAGUCUCGAAUUUAAUGCUGGUGGGAGUUUCUCAUUGGGUACUGGUGGGGGUGACAAGGCUGGUCGAAAAUUUGUGAAAGUUAAACAUAGGCCGAGGAAGAAGUAAGACUAUUGUUUAUGAAAUGGUUAUUUCUGUGGCUGCUGCGGGCUGCACUUGAUUAAUGCAACAAAUUAAUAAGCUCUAAAGGUGAGUGAUUCCUGAACUUGUGUCCAGUUAGGAGAAGUGACGCAGAUCAUCAGAUGCAAGGUUGUCAAUCUCAUUUGUCUUGCUUAUAGAGUGCAAGGCAUAAUUUUUCACAAUUUUGUAAUAGUAUGAUAUGGUCGAACAUAAUAUGCUGUACUUGUAAUGGUUUUAGGUCAUAGUUCUAGAUCGAAGAUUUGGUCAGUUAUGUUCACAAAAUCCCUGUAUUCUCGUUACUUGUAUCAUAGCCAGAAAUAGGCAUGAAUUUAUGGCUUAGCUGGUUGUCAAAUAACUUACAAUUAAGUGAGCAAUCUGUGAAUGAUUAUUAGCUUCUAGGUCUUUUCUUUUCUUUACGGAGUUUUGUUUGGAAACUGGCUUUUUUCGCCAUACGUUA